UUGAUAUAUACUGACUGUCUAUUGAUUGACUGACGCCAGACUAUUGUAUUUCUGACACCUCGAUCACUUUGUCCAUCAAACAGUGUACUGUAGUAUCUCAUCUCUGAGGUUUGUGUUAUCUGUAAAUGGAUUGUCAUCAUACUAGAACUCGUUUUGUUUCUGUAUCAGUGUCAUUCUGUAAAGUUGAUUAUUAACUUUAAUAGGAUUCUACCGCCAUCGGCAGGAUGGAAGUGGUGAUCAUAGUGGCUUCGGUGGUGGGCAUCAUCAUACUCAUAGUACUGCUGUGCAGAUGCUGCAACCGUCGUAACAGGGGACAGGUGUUAGCUCCUCCCGCCGUGCCCGUACAGUCGACGGUGACUGUCCAAGUACCAUAUCCACAACAGCAGUACAACCACAUCGUGACACCAUAUCCAGUGAGUCCGUACCCGCAGGCGAUGCCGCAGCCCGGGCCGCCGCACGUGGUCGCCGCACCGUACCCCACCGGGGCUCCGUACCCGCACCCCGCGCCCAACGCGCCGGAAGCCUACGCGCAUCCGCCAUCGUACGAUGACGUAGUACGCGUCGCAUCGUCGACGCCGUCUGGACCCGACGUGAAGCAACCGCCGUACAAUCCAUACUUGUCGCAUUAGUCGCGCGACAGCCUCGUUGUCAUAUAUGUCGCAAGUGAAAAGAAAGCGAAGGUGCCACAGGAUAUGGCAUCGUGAACUGCAUUUAUAGUAUAUUGUAUAUAAAAUAAACCAUACCUAUAAUUAAUAUGUUGGUACUACCCACAUUAACAUGUUUGGACAUGUCCGAAGUUGAUUUUGUACGUGUCAAAACAUCAAUUUAUGUAUUCGAGUAAAUAUAUAUUAUUAUACAUUAGUACCUACGAUAUAUAUGUGGCAAAGUGAUUCUUAACACGUUAAACGCCAGGUCUCCAGUGACCUCAUAAUGUCUGGAUCUUUGCGCCGCAUGACCUUUUUUUUUAUCUAAAUUUAUUUGGGGUUUUUGUUUUU